CACCAUCCCCGUCGUCCCGCCCGGCCAUUUGGGAGCUGAGCAGCAGCCAGCAGCUCGACGACACACGCAGCAGCUGUGUCUGUGUUCAGCUACCUCUAGCUGCGUGCGGCAAAUCCUAGCUAUAACAAGAGCUCUGGCCCGGGAGCCGCGCGUAUAUAUUACACCACCACACCAGAGACGCGAGCGCGGCCGCAAGGUCCUAGUAGGCGAAGCUAGCAGCUUGCAUUGCGUGCGUGUGGUUGCUGCACCGGCCGGCAGGAAAAGAUUACGAUCGGCGAACGGCGAUUCAGCGUCGUAGAGAGUCAGCUAGCCACGCCCAAUCAGAUCAUCCAGUGGCUUUAGCUUGAGAGGCUCGCUCAGUUAUUAGUUAUUCCCUCAGCUUCUCGAUCAGUGUCGUCGUCGGAGAAUCAACGAUGGCCAAGCACAAGAUUGUGAUCAAGGUGACCAUGCCGAGCGCCAAGAGCCGCGCCCGGGCCAUGGUGCUGGCCGCCAAAACGAACGGGGUGAUCUCGAUAGCAAUCGCCGGCGACCUCAAGGACCGGCUGGAGGUGGUCGGCGAGGGCAUCGACAUCACCUGCCUCGUCCACCGCCUGCGCAAGAAGGUCUGCUGCCACGCCGAUAUCCUGAAAGUGGAGGAGGUCAAGGACAAGAAGCCGCCCGAGGAGAAGAAGAAGCCGCCGGAGCCCUGCGGGUGCCCGGCGCCGUGCCUGUGCGCGGCGGCUUAUCACCACACGCCGCUGCAGGUUUUCAGCUGCGAGGAGCCGCCGGCAUUCGGUUGCACCAUCUUGUGAAGCUAAGCUACUGGCAGUAAGUUAAUUGGACUCGGUCAUGCAUGCGGCUUUUCUGACCUUUUUGCCACAUCUCUGUCGUCAGCUUCUUCGUGCGUCGUCAAGUUUGUGGUGUGGGCUUGUGCAGAAACGGGGUUCUAUAUAUGGUUUGCUUUCGCUUAUGUUUAACUAACCAUAAUGUAAUCACUAGCUACA